AUAUCGGACGCCUAUGGCAUAAUUUCUUUUAAUAUAUACUCGGAAUAUGAUAGAAGUGGAAUAGAUCAAAAAAAUGAAUCAGGUCAAAUUUGUGGUGGUGUGUGCUGUAAUUUUUAAUUUGGGCCAUGUCGGAGGUCAGUCUUCGGUAUGGCACUACGAAUGCACCCAAAACUAUUGUCUCAAAACCUUGAUCACCAACGAGACGACGUCACCUCAAAGCUACUCCGUAUGCAACUUGUUAUGCCUGGACGCUGCUGGACUCUGGCCCAAACCGACCGGACAAGUAUCGGUUGCCAACCUAGUUGAAGUUGACGUAGGAAGUUUCUCGAUUAGCCAGUCACAAUCAUCCGCCAUCUCGGAUCUAGUAUCGCAAGCUUUUCAAAAUUUCGUGGACGUGGUGAACGAGCAAUUGCCAGAAAGAUUAGUUUACUUCAGCAAAAAACUCGGCUCCAGCGCGGCCCAGGUUAUAUUCAACAUAACAGAUGUUGAUUCAAGCCGAUUGCUAUUAAACACCGACGAAAGCUACUCGCUAAAGAUUUCCUCUGGUUCAGAUCAGAAUUUGCAGAUAAACAUCGAUUCGGGAAGUUUUUUUGGUGCCCGACACGCCCUGGAAACUUUAAGUCAGUUAAUCGUGUACGACGACAUCAACAAUCAAAUUUUGAUUCCGAGCGAUGUGGUCAUCACGGAUAAACCAAAGUAUCCGUGGAGGGGAGUCUCUGUCGACACCGCUAGAAAUUACGUCAGCGUGGACAUUAUCAAAAAUAUAAUUAAAGGUUUGGCUGCUGCCAAGCUGAAUACUUUUCAUUGGCACAUAACCGACUCAUCUAGUUUCCCAUACGAAUCUAAAUCGUUACCUGAGUUAUCUCAAUUCGGUGCUUAUAGCCAAAGAAAAGUUUACGACGCUGCAUCUAUUCAGGACAUUAUUGACUACGCGACAGUUAGAGGUAUCAGAGUGGUACCGGAGUUCGACGCUCCUGCACAUGUGGGUGAAGGUUGGCAAAAUAAAGGCGUCCUCACGUGUUUCAACAUUCAUCCGUGGCAAAGCUUCUGCAACGAGCCUCCUUGUGGCCAGUUCGACCCCUCUAAACCAGAACUUUAUGACUAUUUGGAAGAGCUCUACGGUGAUUUGUUAGAGCAAUUCGACCCCGAAGUUUUCCAUAUGGGAGGAGAUGAGGUCAGCGUCAGUUGCUGGAAUGCCACCGAAGACUUAGUGGACUGGAUCGUCAACGAGAAGAAUUGGACACUGACAAGGGAUGACUUUAUAGACAACGUCUGGGGUUAUUUCCAGGAGGAAGCGCUGCAGAGGCUUUACCAGAAAGCCGGCAGGGAGAUACCUGUCAUUUUGUGGACCAGCGAUUUAACCGCCUCCGAUAAAGUAACAACCAUUUUACCAGUUGACAAGUAUAUUAUUCAAGUAUGGACUGCCGCGGAUGAUGCCGCCAUUCCGGCGUUGUUAGAUAACAACUACACGUUAAUUUUGAGUAACUUCGACUCUCUUUACUUGGAUUGUGGAUUUUCAUCGUGGGUAGCUACCGGAAACAACUGGUGCUCCCCCUACAAGGGGUGGCAACAGGCCUACAACAACACUCCUGCUAGGAUCGUAGGGGACAGAACUAACCAGGUUCUAGGUGGGGAAGCCGCGAUAUGGACCGAACAGGCUGACUCGGCGUCGGCAGAGGGAAGAAUUUUCCCCAGGGCUUCGGCUUUCGGUGAAGCUCUUUGGACCGAACCUUCGACUACGUGGGCAGAAGCCGAAGAAAGGUUUCUACUGCACAGGGAACGUUUAGUGAGUUUGGGAAUCCUCGCUGACGCACUUGAACCAGAAUGGUGCCGUCAGAAUCAACAAAACUGUGCGAUAGGGGGAAUUUUCAACGCGGCCAAUCCGAGUGAGGAUUGAGUAAAGAGGUUACAUUGGUCUGUAGAGAAUUUGUAAAGAUUUUUCGUUAAUAA